AUAGCUGCCAUGAUGUCUCUCCUUUCCAUCUUUCUGUUUGCUCGGUGCUUGUCUGGUCUCUUACUUGGGUUGUUUCAAGAACAUAAUGAACUAACGAGAUGAUGCUAGGAAACCAUGGAAUAGUUUGGGAUCUCCCUUGAUGGCACUUCACUUCCACUCCUGCCCGGCAAAGGAAUAAUAGGUAUCUCAGACUGCUUUUGAUUUUGUCCCCCGCCUAAUCCAUUCAAAGCUAUGAUGCGUGUCAGUGAGUGCUAGUAAUGGUGCCUGUGAUACACCUUUCGUUGCGAUCGAGGUCUUAUAGGUUUUGCCCUACAACCUCAUAGGUUCGCUUGACCCUUUACCUGUCUUAGAUGCCUGUCUUCGGUGCGGAGUUGGCGUGUAUGCGCAUGUUCCCCACGUUAAACCACACCACUCAUUAGCUAGCCCUGCUGCCUUGUCACACCAGUACCAGAACGCGCGUGUGACGCCUUCCACGUGAUGGUGAUCCGUGACAGGUUCAUAAGGACGCGUUCUGAGCCGUCUGGCCACAUCCCUUCUCUUCUUUCCCCACAUCCUCCUCCCCUUUUACGAACCUUGCGACACCUUUGCGAUGAUUCUGCGUUACCUUUAUGCCGCUCUUUCAUCGGUUCUGCCACUGCUCUCCAUCUUCAGGCAGGGCGCGGUCCUAGAAUGGACUCGAACCCUCUCAUCCUCAGUUCUUCCCCAUUUUCUCGAACUUCCUCUUCGUGACCUGAUAGCUCUUCCACCCGCCUCGGAAUACAUCACAGAAUCCGCGACGGAUUUGGACCUCACUCUGUCUACUGUACCCGACCAGCUCCUUAACUCCAUUGAUAUCUACAGUCACCCCUUCAACGAAGCCGCUGCAGCCUUUUGGCGUUCUGUGAUCCCGUUUGCCGAUGUUUCUAAACAACAUGUCCUUUUAUAUGUCUUUGUGGCUUUGACGUCUGUUCUUCUUACAUGCUUUGUGUCCUUCGCUCGUCGCUCUUUCAACCGACCUCGGUCAACUUCUGUGGAAACUGCCCGUCUGGAUAUCCAAAGGUCUCUGGAACACAUUGACAAGAUGGGUGGUGUGCACUCGGAUUGUUCUGCUCCGCCUGUUCCUCCAGCGGAUUUAAAUGACGUAUGUCAAGAACAAACACAAGGCCCUGUGGAAACCCGUUUUCCAGUCACGUUUGCACCGUCGGAGACCCAUGGUGGAAAUGAAGAUACAGCUAUGGUUGAAUCUAUCCCUCUGUCAUCCUCAGACAUGACCGAUAGUGAUCUUCUUCCUCCCGAGGAACCGUUUCUCUUAUCUAUCAACUCUGGUCAUCAGAACACCCCCGAUCAGCACACCUUCGAUGUCCAUGCCUCCAUUGUAUUCGUCGAGACUGUGGCUUCGAAUCCGUCUGAGGAUAUCCAUCGUCCAUCUGAAGCUCAUACGUCAACAGCGGUUCAUGUGUUACCUCUUCAACACACAACCUCCACGAUCGUGGACGGCGUUCAUGACUCCGAGGUACUUUCUGAUUCGAUUGUCAUGGUACCUUCAGCCACUCCGUUCGACGAUGAAGCUGAUCUGUCGGACAUUGAAUUCGCGGAUCGUUCGACAGCCUCUGUAGUCGCGGAAAACUCCUCUAGUCUAGAACGCGUCGAAGUUACACUGAUGGUUGAAGAACAUUUACUGGAGGCUCUUACUGUCGCUGCUUCUCCUGAGGCUGAACAAAUCUCGGUUUCUGAUGUGUUCCAAGCACCGGUCGACAAUAGGGUCGAAGAGGAUGUUAUUCCCAUUGAUGGCCCUCCCUUCGUGGACACUCUCUUCUCAUCCAGUUCAAGUCCUGAGGUCUCCAGCCCACCUGUGCAGCCCACCGAUAGUGUUGACGUAGCGCCCCCCGCCGAAUUCAUCCCGGUGGAAGCAUCAAUCGCACUGGAACACGUUUCUACUGGCUCUCAUCCUAUGGAUUCUCUAGUUGCGGAUGUCGCAUCGAACUGCCAAUCAGGUUCGCUUUCUGUAACUUCUCCUGAUGAAUAUUUCUCCGAGUCGUCUCUGGAUCCGUCAACUAUGACUUCCGAUGAAGUUGCAUCAAGCCCUAUUCUUCAUCCUGCUACAAGUGCCGAAGAGAUGGAACUAUCGGAGGCGUUUUCCCUGAAAAAAGACUAUGUCACUCCACAGCCAGACUCUGCCGAGGAGGUGCUCCCGGCCGUGAAAAAUGACGAGAUUGUCGAUUGCCAACAUAUUAUCGUCUCGUCGUCUGAGGAUCUCGAUACGACCUUGAUCGAUGCUGCACCUUUGUUGCCUUCCGCCGAUAUUCUUCCUAAGAUGGUUGACAGCAAUGUAACGAAUAGUGACGAUGAGCACAGUGGUACGCCGUUCCCGCGUUUUCCUAAGGAGCGCAAUGUUUACCUUGAUGUAGGUGACGACGUCGUCUCCGUCAAAAACGAACAUUCAGACUCUGCUGACGUGGAUGUCAAGCAUCCUACUACCACCCCUGAGGAACCUGCUAUCAUCAUUGACCUGCAACAUGACAAGCCCGCUUCGGAUACUUUGGCUAACCCCCAGGAGCCAACCCCAUUCGCACCUCAUGCUCUAGCUGUCGAAGAUGUCUGUACUGCGACCCCUGGGGAGACCCUGCCCAUUGCGAACUCCUUCUCGCUUGAUCCCCUCCUGGAAACAUCGUUGCAGGCUGCGCAAGCUAAUCAGGUCGAAGAGAUUUCUACGCUCGGCGCAAAUGGUAUUGCCAAUCUGGCCCUAGAUGAAUCUUUCAGCUUUGUGAUCCACAAGGACGUCGCCUCAGCCUUCAUGCCGCAAGCUAGUUCUUCGGUUAUGGAUAUCCUGGCUGCUAGUUUUUCUAGUUCUUCAGGCUCCGAAGAGGACUUCAUUGUCGUACCGUCAAGUUCAUUCGAGCUCUCUUCCGCAGGGGCGCAGGACAUCGAGUCUGUUGUUUCAAUCGUUUCUCCGGCUGUCUCUAGUGAAUCAAGUCAUUCAAUCAUGUUCAAUGUCGACUUUCCUUUCAUGUCGGCAGAUCCUACUAUCUUCAACGCGUUUGGCGAACACUUGAACGAACAAGAUUGGACCUUGGUCAACAUCGCGCUCAACGAAGAAGGCAAGUUCGUCUUCGGGGGAAUGACUCUUCCAAUCGACGGUUCCCUUUCGUCUUUGACCAGUACAUCUCGUGUUUCUUCUCUUGAUUUUGACUCUCUUGCCGAACCUGGAUCAUUGGUUAUCGCUUCUCGCCACUCUCACUCCAAAUCGGAUUCGGAACUUCUUCACUUCCGCAAUGUUUAUCGAAAGGACGUUGAGCCUGUUUCACCCACCAAGUUUGAAGGCCCUGAGGAACAAGAAUUUCAUCAGCUCACUUUGCGGCAAGGAUUGAUCAAUCACGAUGAAGCGUUUGAUCUUUACGAGCCCCCGGAAGAGAUGAGAAUUGCGAUUCGCACGUUACGCCGAUUGCUGGACACUACUCGCAUUCCUGAGAAGCCUAGGGGCCGUGCUCGGACUCGCUCUCAAGCACCAACCCAAUUUCCUUAUGGUUUGACGGCAGAGGUUUUCCUGGGCUGGAUGCGUGAUGAAAAACUACGACGUACAACGUUUACAAAGUCUUUUGCUGAUGCUGUUCGUGGCAAGCCCUCUAUCUUGACCAUCACCUACAAUCCACCGACUUCUGGAGAGCCGCCUAAACCUGCCUUCAUAGGACCCAUGCCGGUAGUUGCUAGCAACAUCAACCGAAGUCGUGGAGGUCAGGAUAAAUCUCAAAUUCACCUGCAACAAGUCGAAAUCGAUCGUGAGAAGGCUCGUAAGAUGAGUGCAACGAAAGCACCUCGUCAUCCCAACUAUUACGUCGAACGCAGUUCUCGCUUGUCUGUAGAAUCCCAGUCUGCGACUGUGAGAACUCGCAGAAGUUCAACACCCGGCACAUUCAUGACCUCCCCAGUUACAGUCAACGAUCCUCCUGCGACCGGCGACAAACAGCGAACGCUUCACAGGGUUCGCUCGGACUCCGUUUUGCGCAGCAAGAGAUACCAGGGGCUUGAUUCGAACCUUCGGUUUGAACAUUUCGACAAGCCUUCCUCAGCUAACUUGAGCGAACGCUGUUCUUCCUCUGUUGAAGCCCCUCGUCAGUCAUCACUUCCUCGAGGUCGUAAGUCGGAGGUCGCACGUGCACCGCUCCUCGAAACAAUCGCCGCGUCUCCGCCUAUCAGUCCAUCUGGAACUUUGAACGAUAUCGUUCAGGCUCGGGACAAGAUGCCAGGCUUUGACGAAACGCUGGCUCGAUCCUUGGACUUCUCUACACCACCCCCGUCUUCCGUCAUUACUAUCUCUACUGGACAGUACGCUCGAGUUGACGACGAAAAUGCCCUGCUCGGCUUCAGAGAUGAUGGUUUGCAGUAUGAACAUGAGCAGUCCAGGCGGCCCAGUUCUAGCAGUGGCUCCUCCAGACGUAGCUCCUUUGUUCAGUCGACCAAACAACCGGUUUGGAAGCCAUAAUCGUUCUCGAAUUGUAUACCUAUUGUUUGGCUUUGUACAUGUACUCGCUGUUGUGUCCACAUGAUUUUUCUUCAAUAAACGUUAUAACAUGGCAGAUAUUCGACUUGAGAAGUUUGGCAGAGGCCAGCCUACAGACGACUGUCUUUCGAACGGUUAGUAUACAGAAUAAAUUGUGUCGUUGUCC